AUGACACAGUACAUUCUUGGCGAGCUUAUUGGCUCAGGAACAUAUGGCGAUGUUUACGAGGCUUUCAAUGCAGAAACAAGAGAGCAUGUUGCAUUGAAGAGAAUAAGGCUCAAUGAGCGUGAAGGUAUGCCUGGAACAGCCCUCAGAGAAAUAUCAAUACUCAAAAGACUAGAUCAUAUAAACAUCAUACGCCUCAUCACAAUAAUUCACACAGACACGCUCUUGACAAUGGUAUUUCCAUACGUCGAAUAUGAGCUGAAGAACUACAUAUCCAUGCAUCAGAAUGCCGACAAGAUGAGCUUGAUCGCCCAACUGGCAUGUGGCGUGGAUUACUUACACAAGAUGAAUGUCAUACACAGAGACAUCAAGCCACAAAACAUACUGGUCACACAAGACGGCGUGCUCAAAAUAGCAGACUUCGGGCUCUCUAGAAAUAUGGAGGUUCGAGUUCCGCCAUAUUCUAGCGAUGUUGUUACUCUGUGGUACAGGUCUCCAGAGCUGCUGGUGGGUAACACAAGCUAUAGGUUCUACAUUGAUGUAUGGAGCCUGGGAUGCGUGGUGUAUGAGAUAAUGACAAUGGAGCCUCUUUUUCCGGGAGAAAGCAAAGAGAAUCAGCUGGCACUGAUCAGAAGAAUAGCAGGUGCUCAGAAGCCGCUUAUGAAAUUUAUUGAAUCAAAAGGAAUUCCAAAAGCAGUUUCCAACAUAAUAAUAGGGUGCAUUGAUCUGAACUACGAGGCCAGAAUGACCAUGGACGAAAUAAUGCGGCUUUUGCACAGCGAAGGCUGUUUUGGCAUCUAUUCUGGCAUCUCCCAAGAGAUGGAGAGCAUUCCUGUGAUGCAUUCAAAUAUCGGCACUAGAAGGCCCCGGAACGAUGUAUGA